AUGAUCUGGUACGUAGGAAAGCUACUUCCUUUGGUAUUCACUUCAUCGGCACUGAUCUGCCUGGUCAUCGUCUUUGUAGGGUGCACAUCAACCUCAUCUCCAAAUGAAUUGUAUUUCCUAAGGGUGAACUUUACUGAUUUCCCGGAACUUGGGAGCUUUCAUCUACGUCGCUCCCUCAGUAUCGCCGGAGUGGACGCGUCCGAUCUCUCAAAAACAGCCAGUAAUGAGGCGAACAGCAUUGUAAGCAGCGCCUCGACUGCCGUCAUUUACGCCUCUGGUGCCGCAGAGACUGCAGUGAGCCAAGCUACUGCUAAGGUUCAGUCCUUCUCCGACGAAAUCAAGUCACAUCUUCCAGGUUCCUACUCUGUGGGGCUUUGGGGAUAUUGUCAAGGUCAGAAGGAAACGGUGUCCUAUUCCAAUUGCUCACAGCCAAGUACCUCCUUCUCUUUCGACUUGCUGAGCAUUUUUGGUUCAAUUUCCCCAACUAUUGAGGAUAUGCUGCCAGAUGAAAAUAAUAAGGUUCUUGCUGGGUACCAUGAGGUUUCUCGAUGGUCAAUCUCAGCUUACAUCUUGGGUAUCGCUUCCACGUUCCUGGCUGUUGUCUUCGGCGUCACUACAAUUUUUUUCUCAUGGGGAAAAUUACUGCUUAUCAUUUCUUCCUUGGCUGCAACUAUCUUUAUCACCGGCGCAUCCAUCAGCGUUACAGUUAUCUACGGGCUGAUUACAAGUGCUGUAAAGAGCAUCGGAGCGGAUGCAAGUUUGGGGGCUCAUUCGUUCACCGCAACCUGGCUAGCAGUAGCAUUUUCCUUCGCGGCUUUUUUAACAUGGCUGAUCGAAGUCUUUUGCUGCUGUAUUUGA